AAGCGGGUUUGCCCAUUAUCAACAUGGCAGAGCCGUCCGUGCCAGCAGCAGUAGCCAGUGCAAAAAUGGCGUCACUUAUCCGGGUGCGAGCCGUGACUCUAAUUUUCUUGACCGUCAGCGCUUGCUUAAUCACCCCGACGAGGGGCAAAGAAGGAGGAGGAGGAGGUGGGGGAGGAGGGGGAGAGGAGACCGUCAUCAUCGGCCUGCGCCUGGAGGACACGGACGACAUUUCCUUCAUGGACAAGGGCUACCUGCGGGUCAGCGAGAGGUCCCGCGUGAAGCUGAGGGUCUACGGGCAGAACAUCAACAACGAGACGUGGUCCAAGAUCGCCUUCACGGAGCACGAGCGCGGCCGGGUGGUGGGCAACAACCUCGACAGCUCGUCGGGGGGCGACAACAAGAGCCAAGAGGAGACCGCGUACGGGGUGCACCCGUGCGGCAUCAGGACCUCGGACAUCCUCAUUCUGCCCAACAUCGUGCUGAACCGCAAGACCUCCGGCGUGGUGGAGAUCGAGGUGAAGCCCCUGCGCAAGACCGAGAGGAGCAAAGCCUACUACCUGUGCAUCGCCACCUCCACGCCGGCCGGCACGCACGACCCGUGGACGGAGAGCACGUGGAUCUACCACGAAGGCGACGACACCAAAGUGAUCGUGGUGGAGGAGAGGAAGUUCCUGCUGCCCUUCUGGCUGCAGGUCAUCUUCAUCUCCAUGCUGCUGUGCCUCUCGGGCAUGUUCAGCGGCUUGAACUUGGGGCUCAUGGCUCUGGACCCGAUGGAGCUCCAGAUCGUGCAGAACUGCGGCACCGAGAAGGAAAAAAACUACGCCCGGAAGAUCGAGCCGGUCAGGAGCCAAGGGAACUACCUGCUCUGCUCGCUCCUUCUGGGCAACGUCCUGGUGAACACCACCCUGACCAUCCUGCUGGACGACAUAGCCGGCAACGGCCUGAUCGCCGUCGUCAUGUCCACGAUAGGCAUCGUCAUCUUCGGGGAGAUCGUUCCGCAAGCCAUAUGCUCGAGGCACGGGCUGGCCGUGGGCGCCAACACCAUCUUCCUGACCAAGUUCUUCAUGCUGCUCACCUUCCCCGCGUCCUACCCAGUGAGCAAGCUCCUCGACUACCUGCUGGGCCAGGAGAUCGGCACCGUGUACAACCGCGAGAAGCUCCUGGAGAUGCUGCGGGUCACGGACCCCUACAACGACCUGGUGAAGGAGGAGCUGAACAUCAUCCAGGGCGCGCUCGAGCUCAGGACCAAGACGGUGGAGGACGUGAUGACGCCGCUGUGCGACUGCUUCAUGAUCGCAGCGGACGCCACGCUCGACUUCAGCACCAUGAGCGAGAUCAUGGAGAGCGGCUACACGCGCAUCCCCGUCUUCGAGGAGGAGCGCUCCAACAUCGUGGACCUGCUCUUCGUCAAGGACCUGGCCUUCGUGGACCCCGACGACUGCACGCCCCUCAAAACCAUCACCAAGUUCUACAGCCACCCGCUGCACUUUGUUUUUAACGACACCAAGCUGGACGCCAUGCUGGAGGAGUUCAAGAAAGGUAAAUCCCACCUGGCAAUAGUUCACAGAGUCAACAAUGAGGGGGAAGGAGAUCCAUUUUAUGAGGUGCUUGGGAUCGUCACCCUGGAGGACGUUAUAGAGGAAAUAAUCAAGUCUGAAAUCCUGGAUGAGACAGAUUUAUACACUGACAACAAAACAAAAAAGAAAAUCACCCAUCGGGAGAGGAAGCAGGAUUUCUCGGCCUUCAAGCCUACAGACAAUGAAAUGAAGGUUAAAAUAUCACCUCAGCUUCUACUGGCUACUCUGCGUUUCCUAGCAACAGAGGUGGAACUGUUCGGCCUGGCUCAGAUGUCCGAGAAGAUCCUUCUGCGGUUGCUGAAGCAUCCCAACGUCAUCCAGGAGCUCAAGUUCAACGAAAAGAACAAGAAGGCCUCGGAACAUUACCUUUAUGUCCGUAACAAGCCCGUGGACUACUUCGUCCUCGUUUUGCAGGGGAAGGUGGAGGUGGAGGCGGGGAAGGAUGGGAUGAAGUUUGAAGCCGGAGCUUUUUCAUCCUACGGGAUGAUGGCCCUCACUGCUUCUCCAGUGCUUCUCUCCCUUUCUCGCAAUUGCGUGGUCAGUAGGUCUGAGUCACUUGCAGGAUCUCCAGAGAACAAGUCUCCUCCCCGGCCGUACGGACUGAACCACUCGGACUCUCUGAACCGGAGCGACCGCAAUGAAGUCAUUAACCCCCCACUGGGCAGCAGCAACAACCAGCUCAACUCCUUCCUGCAGAUCUACUCGCCGGACUACACAGUCAGAGCGAUCACAGACCUGCUAUAUGUCAAGGUGACCCGUCAGCAGUACCAGAACGCACUGAUGGCAUCGCGUAUGGACAAGACGCCGCAGUCGUCAGACAGCGAGUACACCAAAAUUGAACUGACUCUCACAGAACUCCACGACGGCGUGGCCGAAGAGACGGCCAUCCUGCUCAACCAGACGCAGAACUGCGUGGCCCAUAAGAAGGCAAACCACACGGUGCACAACGAGGGUGCAGUCUAGCCACCACCGGGGUGGUCGGGAGGGGGUUUACGGUAUGGUUUCACCCCCCGAGCCAUCCCCCGCCACCCCCUGUAACAGUCAGACUCAGAGCUGCAACGUACUGCUCAGCAGCACCUGGGUUUUCCUGACCCCGUAACAGACUGGGACAGCCGGUUCAGUUCCACAUAAACCCCGCCGUGUGCCUGUCCACCAGACCAAAGAGUUUGGAGUUUGGACACCCUCCCCUUCCGUCACAAGGCCCUGAACCUACUUCCCUACUGUCCCCUUUAAGGUGCCGGAAGAACUUCUGGGAUAGCGGAGGACCACGAACUCAAAUGGACCAUUUUUUUCUUCUUCGGCCGAUACUGUCAUAUGGUGAGUCAAAGACUGUGCCAAAUACUGCUUUGAAGGAAACCAUGAACCGUGUACCAAGAGCAUUUUCCUCCUGUAUUUAUUUAUUUUAUAAGUCGAUUGUAUAUAAUAUAUAUAUAGAUAUACAGAUACAUACAUACAUAUAUAUAUAUAUAUAUAUACAUAUAUAUAUAUAUAUAUGCGUAGAUAUAUUUGUGCAUGUCUGUGGAUUUAAUUAUCGGCACUAUAAAAAAUCGAACACACUUUACAAAAAUAACACUUUGUAAAAUUCAGCAGCGUGUGCGUACUGUAUAUGUGUGUACAUGUGCCUUUGAGAGUAUGACUGUUAUACCUUGCACAUGC